AUGCAAAAUAAAAGAAGAGAAAAAAAUGUUAAUGAAAUUAAUGCAAUUUUUGAAGAGGAAAUUGGUAUAAAAUUAGAAGAGAUGUUUUGCAAUGCUUGUUUAGGAAGAGUAAAACAAGUUUUAGGUGACAAGAAUAUUAUCAGAUGCACCAGAAGAAAAUGCAGAAAAAGUGGAGUUUUUUUGACUAAAAAACCAUAUUAUAAUACUAAAUUACAUUGGGAGGAUGUUAAUAAGAUCUUGUUUUUUUUUAAAUAA